GGGGCCGGGGCCGGGGUCGGGGUCCUGGCCGUGUCCGCCUCCCCACGCCGCUCGUCGCUGCCUGUGCACCGCGGCCGCCCCGACCCUCGCUCCCUCCUGCGAGGGGCGGGCGGGGCCCGGUGGGCGCUGUCGGUGCGCCUCGAGCUGAAGGCGGGUCUGUCCCGAGCGGGCGAGGCCUCCCCGAGUUUCUUUGGGUUUGUGCGGCUCGGGGUGGGCCCGGGCCAAGAGACCGGCGGCCGGAGGGGAGCCCAGGGGCACGCGGGAAGCCGGCCCCGCUUGCCCCGGCGUGCACGGCUUUGGGGCCUCCCCGGCGCCGCUGUCUCUUCCGGGUCUGCGUGGCGCCCACGCAGGCGCCUCCUCCCUGGACAGGGGCCGGUGCGCCCAGACGCGUUCGGGGGGGCCGCCCGGAUGGGAGCUGCGCCGUCCUUGACUGAAACCGAGAGUGGGGGACAGGGCUGGAGGAGCUCCCUGUGGCCAUCAGGUCCUGCCCCGGGGCCUCGUGUCCCCUCCGUGUCCUCCGCCCGGCCUGGUGGCCUCUGUCGGCUCCUUGAGCUCAUGACCCCGAACCCUGGCUGGGAGUGGUGUCCACUCUGCUGCUCCCGGAAGUGGCUGCUCCCGUUCGCAUCUGCCUGUCCCUGGCUUUGUGCUGGGCGGUGGCCAGCGUGGGUGUCAGCAGCGACUCCUGACUGCGGAUGUGGGCAGUGGACGGAGGCUGGCGAGUGACUGCUCAGGGCAACAGGAAGGAGCGGGCAGCUGGGGAGGCUUCCAGGGUGGCGGGAAGAGCCAGUGGGGCUGCAGUGCCUGUCCAGGAUCACUGGGGACCCAGAAAGGCACCUGUGACGGCUCCUCCCUCCCUGUGGCCUCGUUUUAUUCAAAAAUGUCCCUUCAACUGACCACGGACAACCCCUUGCGCCGGGGACAGUGACCCCCAGUGUGACUGGUCAGCUCUGACCACAGCUGCGAGGGCCUGGACAUGUGCUACUCCACCCCCAAGUUCCAGAUGUGGGGGCCCCAAGGUCAGGCUUGGAGGGUGGGGAGGGGCAGUGUGGCUCCUGGUCUCUAGGUCCUGGGAGGCCCCUGCCCUGCCCGCCCCCCCCUCCCCCCGCGCGCGCCUACAGCACACGUGCUGCUGUCUCUGAGGAGGAAGCAGGCUCCGGUGCUAGCCACACCCCGCCGUGCCCACGCCAUGGCCAGGUGGAACAGCCAGGAGUGGGUGAGGCAGGGGGCACCCCAGCCCUGACACCUCAGGUGUGAGGAUUCCUGGGCCACCCUGAUGGUGAGCCAGAACCUGGGGUGUGGGAGUGUUCAUAGGAGAGGUUGAAGAACAGUGGGCAGACACAAGCCCCCUCCCUGCUGCAGGCAGUGGAGGCUGAGGGACCCUUCGUGUGGGGUGCUGAGCCUGGGACAGGGCCUGGCUCUUCUGUUGGCUGCUGCAUACCUGGGCUCAUGUCCCGCCCCCGUCCCCCCCAUGCUUCCCUUCGAACCCUGUGGGUCUUUGCCAGUUGGGGCACCUCGGCAUGUGCCAGGCUGAACCUCCAGGAUCCCCCGUGACCUGGGCCUGGAAUUCCAGCUCCAACCCCCUGGCCCCUGGCCCCAGGCCCCAGACACCUCAGAGCACCUGGGGACUCGGGGGUGGCUGGGACUUCCCCUCUGCCCCCGUCCUGGGAGUGGGGGAGGGGCAGGCGACACCACCCACCAGACCGCCCCCCAGGAGGCCUGCAGCGUCCUCUACUGACCUUUUUCUGGCCCCCUGUUCUGCUCUGCUGAGGGCGGGCGAUCUCUUCCCCGUGUGGCCGCGUCCCCUGCUGACUGGGGAGCAGCUGGUGGCCACCGGGACCUGCUGGAGCCUCCCUGGGGUGGGGGUGGGGCAGGCCCUGAUGCCCGAGGGUAGAGUUUCAGAUUUGUUUGUGCCUGUAGGAGGCACCUUGGGACGGGGUGGGGCGUUCGCCCGGCUCUGACAUUCAGGUAACCUGGCCAACAAGCGGCUCCAGCUGCCCAGGAGUGCUUGUGCCCAUGGAGGGCAGGUUCAUGCGGCCAGAGCUCCCGGGCUGUCCUGGGGGGCUGCUGUGGGUCUGAGAGGUCUGCGCACUCACACCUGGGAGCACCCACCUCCAGGACACGCCUGCAUCCUCAGCCAUGAGCAGCCCCCCAACUUACCCUGGCAUCAGGAUCUCGGGGUGCUGGGCCCUUGGAGAAGGCAGGGGACUGGUCAUGCUGGCCGGCAGUGGGGGCCCAAGCCAAGCAUACCCCAUCCACAGCAGCAAUGCCGAGUCCCUGGACAGACUCCUGCCGCCCGUGGGCGCCGGCCGCUCGCCCCGGAAGCGCACCACCAGCCAGUGCAAGUCGGAACCGCCGCUGCUACGCACGAGCAAGAGAACCAUCUACACGGCCGGGCGGCCUCCCUGGUACAACGAGCACGGCACGCAGUCCAAGGAAGCCUUCGCCAUCGGCCUGGGGGGCGGUAGCGCCUCCGGGAAGACCACUGUGGCCAGGAUGAUCAUCGAGGCCCUGGACGUGCCCUGGGUGGUCCUGCUGUCCAUGGAUUCCUUCUACAAGGUGCUGACCCAGCAGCAGCAGGAGCAGGCCGCACGCAACAACUUCAACUUCGACCACCCCGACGCCUUCGACUUCGACCUCAUCGUGUCCACCCUCAAGAAGCUGAAGCAGGGCAAGAGCGUUAAAGUGCCCAUCUACGACUUCACCACGCACAGCCGCAAAAAGGACUGGAAAACGCUGUACGGCGCCAACGUCAUCAUCUUCGAGGGCAUCAUGGCCUUUGCCGACAAGUCGCUGCUCGAGCUCCUGGACAUGAAGAUCUUCGUGGACACCGACUCGGACAUCCGCCUGGUGCGGCGGCUGCGCCGUGACAUCAGCGAGCGGGGGCGGGACAUCGAGGGCGUCAUCAAGCAGUACAACAAGUUCGUGAAGCCCGCGUUCGACCAGUACAUCCAGCCCACCAUGCGCCUGGCCGACAUCGUGGUGCCCAGAGGCAGCGGGAAUGCAGUGGCCAUCGACCUGAUCGUGCAGCACGUGCACAGUCAGCUGGAGGAGAGGAAGCUCCGUUGGGAUCUGGCUGCGCUGGCCUCCGCGCACCAGUGCCACCCCCUGCCCCGGACGCUGAGUGUCCUCGAGAGCUCGCCACAGGUGCGAGGCAUGCACACCAUCAUCAGGGACCGGGAGACCAGCCGCGACGAGUUCAUCUUCUACUCCAAGAGGCUGAUGCGGCUGCUCAUCGAACACGCACUCUCCUUCCUGCCCUUCCAGGACUGUGUGGUGCGGACCCCCCAGGGGCAGGACUAUGCGGGCAAGUGCUACGCAGGGAAGCAGAUCACGGGCGUGUCCAUCCUGCGGGCGGGCGAGACCAUGGAGCCUGCGCUGCGAGCCGUGUGUAAGGACGUGCGCAUCGGCACCAUCCUCAUCCAGACCAACCCGCUCACGGGGGAGCCCGAGCUCCACUACCUGCGGCUGCCCAAGGACAUCAGUGACGACCACGUGAUCCUGAUGGACUGCACAGUGUCCACCGGGGCGGCAGCCAUGAUGGCGGUGCGCGUGCUCCUGGACCACGACGUGCCCGAGGACAAGAUCUUCCUGCUGUCGCUGCUGAUGGCGGAGAUGGGCGUGCACUCCGUGGCCUACGCCUUCCCCCGCGUCAGGAUCAUCACCACCGCCGUGGACAAGCGCGUCAAUGACCUGUUCCGCAUCAUCCCAGGCAUCGGGAACUUUGGCGACCGCUACUUUGGGACGGACGCAGCCCCUGAUGGCAGUGACGAGGAGGAGGCAGCCUCCGUGGGCUGAGCUGCCUCCCGCCCAGGGCCCGGGAUGUGUUAGCUUCCUGUAACUUCGAGAUGUUGCGAAACGGUGUAUUCUGUGCAAUCAGUAAAGCUUCAGAACGGA